CUAUUAAACCUCACACAUGCACCCACGAGGUCCUCAUCACAGCAAGCAACACCACAUUAUCCAGUCCCAGCUAGCUAGCAGUGGCAAUGGCGACGGCCAAGGUCGUCGUCCUUCUCGUGGCCCUCGUGGCCGUCGUCGGCUCCUGCGGCGCGUGGGAGUUGAAGAUCCGGAUGCCGACCGCGCGCGAAGUAGAGGCGGCGGCGGAACGUCUCGAGGAAGACGUGGCGGCGCCGCUGAUCCACGCGCUGCGCCCGCUGCUGGGCUCCGGCGGGCAGCUGGGGCGGCGCGCGGGGGUGCCGUGCGACAGCUGGCGGCUGGCCGUGGAGGCGUACAAUAAGCGUGACUGGAAGACGGUGCCGACGAACUGCGAGGGGUACGUCGGCCACUACAUGCUCGGCGGGCACUACCGGCGCGACUCGCGCGUCGUGGUGGACGAAGCCAUCGCCUACGCCGAGUCACUGAAGCUCGCCGGCAACGGCAAGGAGGUGUGGGUGUUCGACAUCGACGAGACUUCUCUGUCCAACCUCCCCUAUUACGCCGCCCACGGCUUCGGUACUAAGCCGUACAACGCGACGAGCUUCAACGAGUACGUGCUGGAGGGGAGCGCGCCGGUGCUGCCGGAGACGCAGCGGCUGUUCAGGAAGCUCAUCUCGCUCGGCAUCAAGCCGGUGUUCCUGACGGGCCGGAGAGAGGACCAGAGGGCCAUCAGCGUCGCCAACCUCCGCCGCCAGGGUUACUCCGGCUGGUUGAAGCUGUUGCUCAAGCCCGUUGGGUUCAAGGCCACCGCCAUCGCCUACAAGUCCGGCGAGCGCCAGAAGCUCCAGGACGCCGGCUACGUCAUCGUCGGCAACAUCGGCGACCAGUGGAGCGACAUCCUCGGCGCGCCGGAGGGCGCGCGCACCUUCAAGCUGCCCGACCCCCUCUACUACAUCGGCUAAUCGAUCCAUUGAUCCAACGGCUCUCCGGCUCUACAUCAGGCAUCCGUCCGUGCUUCCGAUUGUAGUCCCUGUGUUGUGAUGAACUCCUUUUAAUUACCCUCUAUGCUUGAUUAGCUUCUUUCCGUGUUUUCCCUUAAUAGGGGUUCGUUUGAUGAGCCGAGAUGAGCAAUAAGACGUGUUGGAGAGUUAUUUGUUAUAAUAAUCAUGUUACCCUGCACUAAUCAAACAAGAAUUUUAUUGAUGGCUA